CCUUAAAGAACUGAAUAAUGUUAGUUGGGUUAGUUCAUGGGGUUGUAAAAAAUUUAGGUAUAUUCAACUUUUAUCAUCGAAGGAAAAUAUAUCCCCAAAUGAGAUUCUUAGUUACAAGCUCCACGAAUCUCUCGAUCAACUACGUUAGUUUUCUCGGCCAUUUCCGUCAUUUUCCGGCGAAAGAGGGAGCUUCGCUUUGCCAGUUUCCUAGCAGUAUUAAAUUUAUGUAGGGCUUCAAAAAUCGGGGUAUAUCGUUUCAUAAUAUUCUUAGCCCAAUUCAUUCCAAAGGAGAAAUCCUUCCUUUCUUGAAACGUGAUUCAAAUUCGGUGAGAGUAAGCAGUUGACCUAUUUUCAUUAAAAAAUCUCCAAGUUGUGAAAAAAUUGUUAACUAGUGAUUUGAGAUUGUUGAAAGAAGUCGGUUUGAAAAAAUGUUCAAAAGAAUGUGUAAAUUAUAGUUCGUGAAAUGUUCAUUUAUCUGCAUAUUCUCAAAUUCAGAAGGCGACCCAAAGCAGUGUUCGGUUCGUGAUACCCUCAGAUAUUGAUUAAAUUUCUGGUAGCUUGACAUUCGUCGGGAGGUUUUCGGGGAUAUAUUUUCCGAUAUUUCCUGCUUGUAGUUGAUACAGCCGUAGUAUCACGGUUUUUCUAAAUUAUAUAAAUGGAAAGCAUGUCGUUCUCUUCUGGCGUGGAACACAGGGAGUUGUGGAAAAAAUUGUACGAGAAUAGGUGAUCAUGAUACCGAGGAAGAAUAAUUGGUCUUUUCAUCAGUGCUGAUUUGGUAUGCAGUGGCGAAAACUUGCACGUUCCAAGAUCAUAUCCGGUCGUUCGCGUGCAUGCAACAUGCUGUGCUGUGGUCGACGAAAGGAUAAUGGACGAGAGACAUUGGACUUCACAGCCUCUCCGCUUCGAGCACCACCAACUAGCUCGGUGGUCGCCCCUAACAAUCGUUCCAAUCAUCCGCCCCCAAUGGUUAUACAGGGAGACUUUAGGAAGGUGUCUGGAAUUAGCAGUGAGAUUUUCAAACAGAUAGAAACGAUAGAGAAUGAUCACGAUCCAUCGACCGCAGCGGCACUGGAGCACGUGGAACGUCGGGGUGAGAUGAUCGUUCGUAUUUUGGAUCCGAGAGUGCUGGGAAGGACUGCAGCAGAUGCAACAAAACGCUUUAUGACCAUGCAGGAUGCCAAACAUACUGUACAGUUCGUAGAAAUAGUUAAGCGACCAGGACAAACCCUCGGUUUAUAUAUAAGGGAAGGAAAUGGAAUCGAUAGAAAUGAUGGUGUUUUCAUAUCUAGAAUAGCGUUGGAGUCAGCUGUAUACAAUAGUGGUUGCCUUAAGGUUGGGGAUGAAAUUUUGGCUGUGAAUCUAGUGGAUGUCACACGAAUGAGUUUGGAUGAUGUGGUAAUUAUUAUGUCAAUUCCAAGAAGACUGGUUCUUGCAACGAGACAGAGAAAAGGCACGAAGGGUCAAGGCUCCCCUUCCGUUCAGCCCCGGUCUGAACAUAAGCCUCCACCAGUAGUGGUUAUCAAAAGAGAUUUAAGGGAAGACGAAGGUGAUGAUACUGAUCUUAGUCACAGAGAAUCAAUGCACCAACGCCAUACAGGUGACGGCAGAGAGAUGAGCGAAUCCCGUUCUAGACUUGGGUUGGGUCUACAAUCCAUGGAUCCAUCUAGGCAUGGAACAGGGGGCGCACAAGAUACCAACGGCCUUGACCUCUAUUAUAACUCACGGCCUCCUGAUACCGGUGGAUCCAGUUGGGGAUAUCAGCCUCCUCCUCCUGUCAUAACUGAACAACCAAAGAGUAACGUACAGCAUUUCCAGCCGUAUGAAAGGAAUUAUCCUAAUACUUUGGAAAGCUUAGCCGAGAAAGUUCAUUCAUUUGGAAUGCCUCCAAGAAGAAUGAGUGCUGGAGGACAGCCUUUACCACCACGCCUUUCAUCACAACAGAAUACAUCUUCAUCGCACUAUUACGUUCAACAGAGUGGUACUGGUACCAGGAGAAUAAUGCCAAGAUCCGGAUCAGAUCAGCAUCUACCGCAAACUGAGUACUCAGAUUAUUCGAGUAUAUCGCAAGCAGGACGUCAUACAUUCCUCAGAUCCAGUUUGAAAUCAGGUUCAACCUUGAGCAGGUACAACCAGAGAUAUGUUGAUCAGGCAGCUGUAGCUGCACAAAUAGGCCAGUCUAAGUAUACUUCUUCCUCGCAAUACGCUGGUGCUGGAACUCUGAGCAGAAGGAAUAGGGGCAGUCUUGAUUACUCCAGUGACACGGAAGCAACGACAGGGGGUAGAAGCAGUUAUUAUUAUUACAAUAGGAAUCAAUCUUCGAAUGUUCCCCACAGUACUAUACCUACCUUAGGCCGUCAAAAUACUAUGCCACCAGUUGACAUGACAACCAAAUUCAAUUCUCUUCCAAGAGAUUCAAGAGGAUCUUCAAGGUUGGCCAUGAACAAAAGAUUUGGUGACAGGACAGCAUCUACUGUCUUACAAGAUGAUGCUGAUGGUACCCUCUCCGCUCCAGAAAUGCCCUCAAUUCGAAGAGACAGGGGACGAAAGCACUCCCAAAGGUCAAAGGGUAUUUUCACUUCAGAUGAAUAUCGCCAAUGGUUGAGCAGAACACCGUCCACCAGUGCCAUAUACGAACAGAUCCGUGCAUCUAGGGAUGUCCUGAACCAACAAAGAGCCGCAAGAUUUACAUACAGUGCUGAAAAUAUACACGAUGCUCUUAAGAAUAUUGAGAGUGGAUAUUAUGGUUCCUAUAAUAGACCUGGUGCUACCUCCACAUUAGAUAGGAAUUUUUCUAGGAGUCAACAACCUUCAAUGCCAGCUAGAUCUUUAUCAACACAACAUAUCACGUCAGCCUUAGGUUCGACGAGAUCUCCUUCAAUGCGUAGAAUGAGACAACUCUUAGAUUUCGAUUCUGGAAGGUCAGCAGCAGCGCCUAGUCCAGUACCUACACCAAGUGGAACUUUACCAAGGGGCCAACGUCAACUAGAUAUAAAUCCUGCAGAGUUCUUGAAAUACAAGAUGGAGAAGCCGGGCCUUCCUGGAGGUGGGUCAAUUCCAGGAAUUUCAGGCUUAACAGGAUCUCAUGGUCCUUCUAGUCUCAUGAGCGUACCAUCAGCAAUGGACGAACCAGUAAGUGGAAUGUUGUGGAUUCAUCUUCUUGCUGGAAGAGGCCUCAGACCAUCUUCCGGUAAUUCGGCGGCUACUACACCAGUGACACCCAGUGGAUCUUCACCUAGUAUAACAGGUACCAAUGUCAUGCGAGACCUUUACUGCGUUCUCGAAUGUGAUAGGGUUCAUAAAGCUCGGACUGUGGUUAGAACUGGGGACUUAGUUUUCGAUUGGGAUGAGAGUUUUGAAUUGGAUUUGGUCAACAAUAGGGAGCUGGAUCUCCUGAUAUACUCCUGGGAUCCACAAUAUAGACACAAGUUAUGUUACAAGGGCUCGAUUUACCUCCCAACCCUUUUGAGGAGUGGGCCUAUUCAUCAGCUGGCUCUAAAAAUUGAACCCCGAGGUACAUUAUAUUUGAGAUUGAGGCACACUGAUUCAUCGGCAUUAUAUCGAAGGAGAAUUCAUUCCACUUCGACAUUAUCUCGUUCAACACCUUUGUUUGGUGUAGAUUUGGAAACAGUGGUAAACAGAGAAAAUAAAACUGGCGUACCAGGUGGAGUAGCAACUGGUCUUGUUGCAGUUAGUCAUCAAAUUCCUGUCAUUGUGAAACGAUGUGUAGAGGAAGUUGAACGAAGAGGAUUAGAUAUUAUAGGUAAAAAGUCUAAAAGGAAUCUGAUUAACAGUGGUUUAUUGAACGAACAUUUUGUUUUAGGUCUUUACAGACUUUGUGGAUCCGCCACUAAGAAACGAAUACUCAGGGAGGCUUUCGAGAAGAACAGCCGAUCUGUGGAUCUCUCACCAGAUAAUGUUCCUGAUAUUAAUGUUAUCACUGGAGUACUGAAAGAUUAUCUCAGAGAAUUACCGGAACCUUUAUUCACAAAAUGUUUGUAUCAAAUGUUAGUGGAUGCACUAGGUGUAUGCCUGCCUGAUGAUCCGGAAGGUAAUGCGAAACUGAUGUUUUCAAUAUUGGAUUGUUUACCAAGAGUGAAUAGGGCCACUCUUAUUUUCCUGAUGGAUCACUUAGCACUUGUAGUAUCAGCAUCGGAUAGGAAUAAGAUGUCAGCUCAAAAUUUAGCAACAGCUUUGGCUCCGCCGCUAAUGCUCCAAUCAGCUGAAUCGAUGACACCCACAGCACCACAAAAGGUGACCCGUCCUGGUGAACUGGAUUACCAGCAGCCGAUUUCGCUACUCAAGUAUUUACUACAAAUUUGGCCUACUCCCAAACAUCUCUCAGGUCGUCGCGGCAGGCUAGUCGGGCAGCAUGGAGACACUCGCGGUGCGUAUCCAGCGACUCAGCAGCACCCCCAGGCCCAUCAUCAAUCGUCCCAACAGGCAUCAGGACAGUCUCGGCCCUCAGCGGCUCCGUCUCUUCCUCCUCCUCGCUCAGCAGCCUCGGUCCAGCUGCGAGGCCAGCAGCUACCGGUCCAAUCACUCCAGACACCCGGCCAAUCAUCAGCAAACAAAGGUCUUUACCGUCCGGUGUCACCUCGAGUAGGCCCACCAACAUUAGUGCAAUGUACGGUUGCCCAACCAGCGGGUCAACAAGCCACUCUGAGACCACGACAGGUGAUAGUCUCUUCCCCUGGCUCUCCAAGUAGCAGUAGCGAUUCCCAAUCAGGAUCAGAUACUGUCAAACACUUCUUGCCUAGCCGAGUCUCCUCUCCAGCUAUACGGGUAACUACAGCGUCCGCCCAGAGUUCGAUGAGGAACUCUCCAUCAGUUACUCUGAGCUCUCCAUCAGUUAGAAUAUCACCCUCAACAACCGUAAGUUUUUAUUCGGCAACACUGGGGGGUGGUAGCCAUUCUCCAGCAGGACCCCGAACUUCCCCUUCCGUUACUAGCCUGAGUAGAGCAACCGGUGAUACAAUUUCAAGAUCAAGCUCACCCGCCAUGCAGGCAAGCUCAGCAGGGUUGAACGUCACGCUUGGUCCUUCAAUCAGCUUCAGUUCCACUACCACUAGUUAUAGCGCGAUGGGGGGAUAUCAACCAAGCAGUUCCUCAAUACCAACAAGUAGUAUGUUCGGAAAUACAUAUACACAGCCACCUAUUUAUGCUAGUACGAAUCCAUUCCUAUCAGGCGCUUACUUGAAUUACCAACCAGGGGACUCUGGAUCCUCGUAUCCCGAUAAAUAUAACACGAUCGGUUCCGUUAAAGACUCAAAAUCAUUUUUCGAAAGCUACUCAGAUUCUGCCAGACAUACGGGUUCUUCCACAAAACCUACAUACGAGUCUCCUGACAUCACAAAUUACACUCAUGACUCUAAAUACAAUACAAUUGGAAGUAAAUAUAAUAAAGAUCGAACAUCCAACCAUUCUUCGGUACACACAACUAUGGCAGAUCUUAAAUUCAGCCCAUCCACACCGAGACGUUAUUCUAAUAAAUCUGGGAAUAUUGAUGUGAGCCCAAGUGUUACACAAGAAACUACCCCUGGUCUACUGGAAGUAGAGGAAACACCUACACCUACCAGCAGUAUCGAAACAGAGGACAGUGCCACUAGAGAAGUUGGUGAGAAGGAUGUAGAGGGAGAUGGAGAGCAGAGUGAUUAAAACUUCAGGAUCACAAAAUUUGGCAAAAGUUUCAAAUACGUGGCAGCAUUUGUUCAAUAAAGCCAGACUUUUAGGUAGUGAAUGCAUCGUGUACCAUAAUAUUAACGCGAAUGUGUUAUUUGUAUCAUUUGUAUCGUUACGUUGAAUUGAAUUGAAACGAAAAUUAGCCUCAUGCAUCAUUUUCUCCCGGAAUAAAUGUUUUCGCUUUCUAGUAUACAUAAAUCAAAUUGUAUCUUAGGAACAUUGUUAUCUAAUUCAUUAAGAAUCUAGUAUAAACUUCUUGUAUCAAAUAUGGGACAUUAUUAAUUUUUCGAAUAGAAUAUAUCAAAC